UUCGUCGCCGGCUCUUCGUUAUCUUUAUAGUAUCGAUCGAUUUAGCGAUUUGCAAAUCAUAACCGUUGAAAAGCAUAAGCAAAUAUAUAUAUAUAUAUAUAUAUCAUAUAUACAUCAUAUAUACAUAUCCGCAUCCUAAACACCUGUUUUAUUAUACAGGAUACGUCUGUAUAGUAUGAUCUGCAGUUUUCUGUUUCAAUCGUGGAUUACUUGAUAUCAGAUAUGUUGUUCGUUCCGUGUUGACACCUUUGCACCGGAUAUGCAGGAGACAAAUCUUCACUAACGCGAAAUGAGGCAAGUUUCAACAGGAACACCGAGCACCAGGAAGAGUAAUACCAAAGUUAAUAUUUCAACGUCGUGUAGUAACUGUCUUCGCAUUUGAGUCUUCAAUCGAACGCACUAUCUGAUAAGAUAGGCAUCUUCCAUCUACAAGUAUCGCUUUCUUACCUCGUGUAAUCUAGUCAAUCAGGGAAAUGGCCACAAUGGCAGGUGGCGAAUAUACUUCCGUAAAGGAUUUCUACCGGGACAGAUCGAUAUUUAUUACAGGGGGUACUGGCUUUAUGGGAAAAGUAUUAGUAGAAAAACUCCUCCGCUCCUGUUCCGGUAUCAAAAAUAUUUAUUUGCUUAUGAGGCCCAAGAAAGGACAAGACGUUCAGCAAAGGCUGCAGGAACUUCUUAACGGUCCGUUGUUUGAGAAACUUCGACGAGACUGUCCGCACGAAUUAUUUAAAAUUAUACCAGUGGCUGGAGAUGUAACGGAACCAGAACUCGGCAUCUCGGAGAGCGAUCAGGCAACUCUGAUUCGCUUUGUAUCUGUGGUUUUUCACUCAGCUGCGACAGUUAAAUUCGACGAGGCUCUCAAGCUGUCUGUAACCAUCAACAUGCUCGGAACUAAACGUCUUAUACAACUUUGUCACCGCAUGCAAAACCUCGAGGCAGUCAUUCACGUAUCAACAGCAUACUGCAACUGCGAUCGCAAGGAUGUCGGGGAGGAGAUUUACGCGACGCCGCAGGAACCAGAACAAGUGAUAGCCUGCACAGAGUGGAUGGAUGAUAAGUUGGUGGAAGAGUUAACACCUCGACUUAUAGCCGGACGUCCAAAUACUUACACGUUCACCAAAGCUUUAGCAGAAAGAAUGUUGCUUCGGGAAAGCGGUUCUUUGCCAGUCGCCAUUGUCAGACCUUCGAUCGUUUUGUCCUCGUUUAGAGAGCCGGUUGCAGGAUGGGUUGACAAUUGGAACGGCCCAACUGGAAUUAUUGCUGCAGCAGGAAAAGGUUUCUUCAGAACUAUGCUCUGCCAUGGAAACAAGGUCGCAGAUUUGGUACCCGUCGACAUAGUAAUAAAUCUGAUGAUCUGUGCCGCUUGGAAGACUGCAACACAUCGUUCCGAUAGUAUCACAGUGUAUAAUUGCUGUACAGGACAACAAAACCCUAUAACGUGGAAAGAGUUUGUUGACUUGUCGUUUAAGUACAGCAGAUUACACCCUGUUAACGAUGCUGUUUGGUAUCCAGAUGGCUGUUGCCGAAGUUCCGUUGUUAUCAACUCUGUGUGCAAUACCUUGCAGCAUACAUUGCCUGCUCAUAUUUUGGAUUUUCUGGCACGGCUCAGAGGUUCCAGGCCCAUAAUGGUCCGAGUUCAAGCCAAAUUGGGCAAGGCUGCUCAGUGCUUGGAGUACUUUACCACUCAGCAAUGGAAUUUUAGGGAUGACAAUGUCAGGAGAUUAGGACAACAGCUUAGUCCUGAAGAUAAGCAAACGUUCAUGUUUGACGUUAGCCAAAUCGAUUGGCCAGCUUACCUUGAACAGUACAUAUUGGGGAUUCGACAUUUCAUUCUAAAAGAGAGUCCAGAAACUUUGCCCGCUGCUCGUUCGUAUAUUACAAAAUUAUACUGGUUGCACAGAGCGGUACAAUUUGGAACGUUGUUGGUAGUUAUGCGAAUUUUAUUAUCUCGCAGUUCACUGGCUCGUUCGGCAUGGUUUUCCCUGCUGACUUUCGUACUCCGUAUGUGCCGCAUGAUUGUUUGACGGCUCAGAACCCCAACCGAAGUAAACGAUAACACGCAUAAUGAAAAUAAGCAAAAGCUAAACUCUGAGCAUAAUAUCAAGGGACGAAUCGCCCAACGAUUUCAAUGCUCAGCUACCCUGACGGCUAGGUGCUGGUAUAUGUACUCUCCCAAGUUGGCAACUUUAACUAUGGUCAUUGUUUAUAAAAUUAGCAAAUGGUGUGGAGUAUUAUGCAGGGAAAAGUGGUGGUUUCAUUUAAGACAGGGAUCGAUUAGUGCGCCAAUUAAUACCGUUCCUACGGUAAUCAUCUAAUAUGAUCAGCCAAUCUAUGGAUAGAAGCUUAAAUAAUAUAAACGUUUAUAAUAGAGAAAUAUGAUGACAGUUCGUAAUUGAAAGCUUUAUUACGCGUUUUAGUGGCUACGUUAUUGGGAUACCGUCGGAUAAUUGGAUAAUAACUUAGAAUUGCCGUUUUCAAUGGUAUUUAUAAUUCUGUGGAAGAAUCUAAUCCCGUUUUUCCAUCGAGAUAUCCAGAAUUCUUUCCCCGUAAUCUUCAGUGCAUGAUGUAAGGUAAAUAUUUUCUAACUGCUACGUGUGCAAACUCAUGAUCCCAAGAACGAUCAAUGAAUAGUAAUGUAUUUUUUCUUAAACGAUUACCUCUUUUGAAAAUUGAAUCGUCCUAAUUGUUGGCUUCGAUAUUUUUUUAUGGGUUUUUUUGUAUCCCAGUUAUAGUCACAUUCAGUGACGGAUUGAUACUAUGGAUUCAGGCACCUAAAAAUGGUCAAUUGUAUCACUUGCUAAUUCGUGUAGUAAUUCAAAUCUGCCACUACGCAACUGAACGACGUUUAAUUUUAAACGUAGCCUGAACGCGUAUAAAAAGAAAUUUGCUAAUUACGUUCUGUAUAAAAUUCGUGUUCAAAGCUAACGAGUGCUACGUUAUGUUCAAAAAUUGCUCCAUUUAUAUCUAUUACGGAUUUGUUGUCACAUAAUUAUCGUAGGAUGUGAAUAUUAAAAAUUUUUGAAGGCAUUGGCAACUUAAUCCUAUACUCUAUUAUAUAGGGAAUUGCGCAUUUUUCUUCAAAUAAGUUAUACAUAAUAUCACAUACUCGGGCAGUAGUUGUAGAUAAAGAAAAUAUUCCAAUCUGAAGUCAAAUUAUUAUAAUUGCAAGUUCAAACUUCCGCCGCUCUAUAGCUUCAACUUUGCGUCUAGGUUAUUAAAUUAAGGAAUGUACAUAUGCUGAAUAAAAUUAUCGAUCACCGCAACUAAGAGUGAAUUGAUAUAGUCAAACUGAAAACUGAGAAGAUUUACGCACUUGGCCA